UAGAGCCAGCAGCAGCAACGGCAGGUUUUGUGCUGCCUGCAGACGAGAGAGUUGCUCUCUACUGUGUGGAAGCAUUCAGCGGACAUUGUGAGGCUUGUGAAUAGCUCAUACAAGCAACCCUUGGCGGUGCAGUCUUAACUUGAGAGCGAGAGAGAUAGAGAGAGGGAGGGAACGUGUUAAGGACAAGUAGUGCUGAAGAGGACAAGUCACAUGUGUUACUUAGUGUUACCGUGAUAGGGCUGCAGCUUUCGUGCGGCCAGUCGUCGGCUUCUUGCCGUACUUGUUGCGUGUGUGGUGGUGGUGGUGGUGGUGACAGCGCCUUGUUUUGUGGCAGUGUUGUUGUAUAGGCGGCCAAGCUGUACGCACACAGGGAAGAAGAUAUGCUCACGAUGGAGACGGACUUGAAGGGGGGCAGUCUGCAUGCUAACAUGCCGCCCCAUCACCCGAGUGGGCUGCAUGGGCACCCGGUGUCCACGUACGGCGCCUUGGGUUCCAUCGUGCACAGUUCGGCGCUGUCGGGCAACGUGGCGUCGGUGGGCAGCGUCAUGAGUAGCGUCAUGAACCUGGGACAGCCGCCCCCUCAGCAGUUGCACCAGCCGCCCCAGUUAGCACAGCAGCAACAGCAACAUCACCCACAGCACCCUUUAGCCCACCCCCAACACACGCACCCCCAGCAACAGCAGUCCCAACAACACGGUCAGCACCCACAUACUCAUCAGCAACAACAGCAACAUGGUCAGGGGGGCGGUGCGGGGGCGGGCGGUGGCGGCCAGCAGCCAGGUGGUAUGGCGACGCACCAUCACCCGGGCCAGCACCCGCACGGGCCGGCAAACAACAACAGUAACAGCAAGAACCAAAACGUGGACCGCGUUAAGCGACCCAUGAACGCCUUCAUGGUGUGGUCUCGGGGACAGAGACGCAAGAUGGCGCAGGAGAACCCUAAGAUGCACAAUUCCGAGAUCUCGAAACGUUUGGGGGCCGAGUGGAAGCUACUGAGUGAGACGGAGAAGAGACCAUUCAUUGAUGAGGCGAAGAGGCUGCGAGCAGUGCACAUGAAGGAACACCCCGACUACAAGUACCGGCCUCGCCGCAAGACGAAGACGCUGCUGAAGAAGGACAAAUACCCACUUGGCACGGCCUCUCUGUUACCAGGGUCGGACGCCUCGAGGUCUGCCGCCACAGCCGCCGCUGCCGUGCAGCAGGUUGUGGGGCGGGACAUGUACCAGAUGCCAAACGGUUACAUGCCAAACGGAUAUAUGAUGCAACAUCACGACCCUUCGGCAUACCAGCAGCACCACUCGGCCUACGGCAGCCACAUGGCGGCGGCAGCGGGCGGGUACCCUCGCUACGACAUGGGCCAGAUGCACCCCAACUCCUACAUGAACGGCUCCUCAUAUGGCAUGUAUUCGACCGGGGGCGCUGGGUCACCCUACCAGUCAGCGACAAUGCAGCCAGGCUCUCACAGUCCCAGCGGCAGCAGCAUCAAGUCGGAACCCGUCUCCCCGUCCUCCGGAGGACUCCAUACACCAACUCCAGGGGCAGGGGCGCCUGGAGGCGGCAUCUCCGUCAAGCGUGAGUACGUGGGUGGGAAUUCGGGUGGUGCGUCUUCGCAGGGUGACUUGCGUCAAAUGAUCUCCAUGUACCUGCCGACGGAUCCGUCCGCGGACCACCACCAGCAGGUCCGGCUCCAACAGAUGCAAUACCACCAACACACAGGGUCACCGGACCCCAUGGGUGGAGGUCCGGGUACAAUGCCCCUCACGCACAUGUAGGUUCCCGCAGAAGCAGCAGGGUACAGAUACUUUGAUGACGAACAGGUGCUGAGACACUUCUCGUAUCCGUUGCCGUGAACUGUAUGACCAAGAUUCGCGUUUUCUUCUUUCACUGACUCUAGAAACAAAAGGACGAGCUGCAAAAAGCUAAUUCGGUCUGUGGAAGAGAUUAAUUCUGGGACGAGUUACGUGUUUUCCACUGUCUAGGCCUAACAAGCGGGGGUGGUCAAUUCCGAGUGUGCCAAAUAUUUUAAGUUCACCGCCACCGAGUGUAAGGAACUGACGUUUAGGUAGGGACUAUGUUUACUACAUUGCGGACGAAAUGAGUAAUGAAUUUUAUUCGUGAACCUGUUUUACUUCCUUUUAUUAUUACUGUUUUCUUGCCUUGGGACUAUUACGCAUGUGAGAAGACGUGUUGCCCUGCUGCUGCUAACUCGUGUGUGACUUGCUAUCGUUACCUGUGUGGUCGCCCUCUCUUCAUGCUCAAAGGCAUCCUUCACUGGGUUAUUAGAAACCAAACUGUACUACAGGUUAAAUGUAUUAUAAUUAUGUUUAUUUUACUUUUAAUUUACAUUUAUUCUCAUGGUAGCUUUGUUUGUGUUACCAACAUUAAGAUCUGUAAGAUAUUUCUGGAACAAAAUAUCGCGUUCGCAAUUGUGACCAUUCGACACACAAUAUUUCAUUAUGGAUUAUUUAUGUAAUUCCGUGAGAUAUAUAUCUUUUUUUCAUUUUAUAGGCAUUUUAGUUUAAAUUUUGUUCAGUGACAGAUCGGUAAUGUGUUUAAGAAACAUAUUAUACUGCUACACUUACGAUCAUAUUUUAUGUGACACUAAUUUAAUAGAUUAAACGAAUUCAUUACCAGAAUGCCAUACCAGGCAGCUAAUUUUCCUGCUUGAAAAGCGGAAUAAUUUUCAUAAACCGAUUGGAUAAAUAACCUAAGCUGUUCAUGCACUUGUUGCGUGCUUGCUUCCCAUUUACUUUCAAUGACAACAGCAAAUAUGAUUCACAUCAGUGACCAGUCCCUUCAUGCGCUGCUUAAUUUCUAUCGAAUCUCAUCAACGUGGACGUUGAAUGGAUAUCUAAAUCAAUUUCCAUAACUCAUUACAUUAUUGAAAAGCUAGAUUAGUUUCAUUGAAAUUGUGAUAUAAGUUUUAAGAAGUCAAAACCAGGAAUCGCUCUGGUUAUUCGACCUCACCAAUCACAGGAGCUGAUAAUUGUUUGAUAUUAACUGAACACGUGUGCCGAUAUACUUAUAUAUAAGUUUCGUUGAAGUUCGGGGACUUCGCUUUAUCUCUCCGUGAGCGUUUUCGAGUUAUUGUGUAUAUUUAAUAUUCUUAUUAAUGUAGAUCUUAUUUUUGCAUGGUGGUACUUAUAGAUCGAUAUCACCUAUCGAAUAUCCGGCAGUUUUUUCAGUACUUAGAAUACAAUCCACUUCCAGGAUAUGUUGCAUUUUAUUGCUAAAAUUAUCUCUCCAAAUUAGUUACGCGAAAUUAUUUAUGUUGUGUACGUAAUAAUUAUUAUUUUCGACUCACAAGACAAAGCCGCUAUUCGAUAUCCAUAUUUACUUACAAAUUUUUGGAUGAUUGAUGUAUCCAAUACGGGCAAAUCACUUCUCGUUACGUGUGAAGAUAUCUUAGAAGCAAGAUUGAUUUAUUAAAAUAUAGAACUGAGAGAAUUAGAUAGGAUUAUAUGUUAGGAAAAUUGUGCGCUUGAAAUCAAACAAAGGGCAUGCAAAGAAGUCACACAUUGAAACUGUUCAUGAUUGAGCGAAGCAAAACGGUAAUAAGGCGGGUUUUCCGCAUGCUUCAUACGCAUAAAACAAGUUGGCAUAAUUAUCAUCGAAGCAUAACUCAGGAUACAGUCGCAUGCGCAUCUGUCAUUUGAAAGGAAGUUUCUGUACGAUUCAUUUUGCAUUUCCUCCUUUUUUAAAGCUGAGGUCGUGGUUGAAUAUUGUAGCAACAUUUCAUAGUCCCAUCUCUAGCUGUUUCGCUUGUUCGCGCUUCGACCAAGUGUACAACACUUCUGUCCUAUGAGAGGUUUCAAAGAAACUUGCAUAAGUACAGUAAGGUGAGGGAGGCAGGACACCUUUCGUUAUAUUCCCUGUUGACGCAAGACGUAUCAAGGUCCUAGCCUAAAUUAUUUACCGUAAUACAGGAAGUGUGCUGUGUAAUGAGCGGUUCUUUUUGCGGACAUGUUACAUACGUCAGGAGCAAAAAAUGUUGGCCUAUAAAUAUUUUAAAAUUGUUGUACGUGUUAAUUUUCGUGUGGACGCUAAUUUCUUCAGCUAUUUAAAGCAUAAAUCUAUCGUAAUUCAAAUUGCUGCAUUUUUAUUGCGCAUGACAAUCGCUUUCCUUUGACAUUUUUAAUAAUAUCAGCCUAUUUUAAUAUAUCUACGAUAAAUCAUUUCCUAUGUUAUUUAUAGGCGUAAACUUCGAAAUAACAUUUUAUAGGUUUUGAGUUCUCUCUCCACCCACACUAAAACUAGUUUUUUCAAAUCGGAAUACGAAAAGGAACACAACAUUUGUAUCUGUGCCAGUGUUUCUUUUAAAUGAUUUGUUUCACCUGAAUUAAAUGAUCGUCAGUGUAGUAAGUAUGACACGAAAUUAAUAAGAACUCUAAUACUGAAGUUAUCAGUUUUUGUUCCUUUGAAUUGAUAUACAUAUUUGAGAGUAAAAUAUUGUGUUUCAAAUUCUAGAAUGAAAUUUGGUAAAUAUUUCGGAAUCAUUCCAUACUUGUCUCUUUACGAAUAAUGUCAAUUUAAGAUAUUUUAUCCAGCUUUGUACAAAAGAAACCUCCUAACAAUUAUAAUUUUUUAUUGUUUUAAAUGUACAGUGAGUGUCAUAUAGUCAGUGGCUGAACAUUGUGAAAACGUUUACAAUUACCAUAGUCUUCAUCGGACAUUUUUAAUGAGAAGAAAUUUAAAUAAGUCUUAUGCAGCCCUCUAACGAGGAUGGUACGUAUUGUUUCCUGCUGCAGAAUAUUGUGAUCCCUUUCUCAUCCCGCACGCGGACCCUUGUUUGUGUUCUUUACAUAUCCAUCAUACCUUUUCAUCUCAUUAUCAUCCCUUGUUCGCUCACCGGCCCCGUCACGCGUUCAGUCGUCCAUUUCUCCUAUUUCUUCACACACACACAAACACACACGGUAAUAUAAUAAUUAUCUAUUGAUUAAAGAAUAACUUUGUAAAUAAUAUUGCACCAAAAAUAUCUUGUUGUAAAUAUAUUAUAUAAAACAUCAAGGUUUUCACCCCCGUUUGAAAAAAUCUGAAAUAAAUUAAAUAUUUGAAAUGGAA